UUUCUCCUCCACCUACUGCAUUGUUCCCACAAACCUGGUAACAAGAGCCAGAAAACUUCCCAGUUAAACUGCCUCGACUGCAUACAACAGACACUUUAUAUUGUGAUGAUCACAGCUGCCAAGGCCACCUAAAGGAAGGCAGUUAUCUCACAUCUGGCUGCCGGCUUUUCCUCUCUCUCUUUUGAACACAUAAAACUUCAGGCUUCCUGCCUUCUUGGUGCCAUGGAGAAAGUACAAUACCUCACUCGCUCUGCUAUAAGAAGAGCCUCAAACAUUGAAAUGCCUCAACAAGCCCGUCAGAACUUUCAGAACUUGUUCAUCAACUUCUGCCUCAUCCUCAUCUGCCUGCUGCUCAUCUGCAUCAUCGUGAUGCUCCUCUGAGGCUCGGCCGCGGCCUCCAGGUCUGCAGUGACCGGCUCGGCCUGCCAAGAGGGGAAACAACGCUGCCAAACAGAACACUUCCACAGUAGAAGAGUUUCUUUGUGAAAAGGUCGAGAUAAGAGUAAAGCACAUUGUUAGCAAACGUAUUCAUCUGCUGGAUCUUGUAAACAUAAAAAGGGCUUUAUUUUCAAAAAAUUCACUUUAAAAUGAUGAGAAGUAUGUAAAAUAUAACUGUUGAUUUAUUUCCUCAACAUGAUUUUAUACAUUUCUACCCCAAACCUUUUCUGAAGAUGAAGUAGGAAUUUA